AUGUUACAAGUGAAUUAUUUCUGGCGGGUGAAUGUGUCCAAAGUGAUUUCCCUUUUUUUCCUGCCACUAUGGAUCGCCUUAUUGAAGACUAACUUUGUUCUGUACGAACGUGCAACGCUGAAGGCAGGUGUGGGGGCCCCCCCGAGAGAAUUAUCAACCCUAUCCGAAAUUGUACAGCACUAUUACCCAGAGGCUCAACUGAAGGGGGGAAGUAAAGCAAACAAGAGGGAGGUUGCGGCGAUAGUACAAGAAAUGAAAUCAUUGGAAAAAUCAAGAAGCACUCUGAAACGUAAAGUCUCAGGUAAAAAAAUAAUAAUGCAUAGCUUUAACCUUUAUACGCAGUUUUUAACAAAAAUAAGAAAAAAAAUGAUGAACAAUUUAUCAGACCAGUUAUCGCAGCUAGCUUCCCAAAACCGAAUGCCCGAAAAGGAUAAAAAGAAAUUAUGGGAAGAAUGCCAAACUGCAAUAGAUAAAGAAUUUGAAUAUGUGAAAAAUUCCUAUGCUAUGGUUGGUGACAUUUAUGCCAAAGCUGAGUUGAUACUUGGAAUAGGCUACUCAGAUUUGCUGAGCAGAUACCUUAAAGUGUGGAAAAGCGUCUUAUAUAGCAGUGAAAAGAAGUGGAGUGAGGCGUUAGUUGAAAGAACGAAAAAAGGUAAAUACUCCGCAGGAACGGAGAAGUCGGAUUUGAAGAGCGGCGCCAAGGGGGAGGAGAAGGGGAAAGCACCAGAUAAGGGGAAAGCACCAGAUAAGGGGAAAGCACCAGAUAAGGGAAAAACACCAGAUAAGGGGAAAGCACCAGAUAAGGGAAAAACACCCGAUAAGGGAAAAACACCCGAUAAGGGAAAAACACCCGAUAAGGGAAAAACACCCGAUAAGGGAAAAACACCCGAUAAGGGAAAAACACCAGAUAAGGGAAAAGCACCAGAUAAGGGAAAAGCACCAGAUAAGGGAAAAACACCCGAUAAGGGAAAAACACCCGAUAAGGGAAAAACACCAGAUAAGGGAAAAGCACCAGAUAAGGGAAAAACACCCGAUAAGGGAAAAACGCCCGAUAAGGGAAAAGCCCCCGAUAAGGGAAAAGCCCCCGAUAAGGGGAAAGGGAAGGGGAAGAAGUAA